AUGAAGUUAUUGGUGACCGGUGCAACAGGCUUCGUUGGCUCCGAAGUUAUUCGGCAAGCCCUAUGCAACCCCGCAAUCACCAGUGUCAUCGCCAUCGCUCGCAAGCCAGUCCCCGUACCUACUAACGGAAAAUCGAGUGCGAAUCUCUCAAAGUUGAAGUCUGUUCUUCUCGAAGAUUGGACGGGCCCAUAUCCCGAGAAUGUAAGAGAAACUAUAAAAGAAGCUGAUGCUUGUAUCUGGACUCUGGCCGUGACUCCUUCGGCCGCAAAGAAAAUGGACUUUGCAGAGGUUACCAAAAUCUGCUCAGACUAUACUACCGUUGGCUUAGAGACUAUGGCCAGUCUUGCUCACAAGCCUUUUCGAUUCGUGUAUACAUCUGGCGUUCUGAUUGAGCGAGAUCAAACGAAGUCUCUUGCUUUUCUCUCUGACUACCGUUUGAUGCGAGGACGCCUGGAAAAUUCGAUUUUAGAAUUCGCGAAGCAGAGGUCUCCUGAUGUGCAAGUUACCGUUGUCAAACCCGCCGCCAUCAAUGGUCCUAAUAGAGACGGUAUAGUAGGUGUAUUGAUGAGUAGUGUGUUGAGUGUCUUUGGAAGCGCCCCAAGUAUUCAUGUCUCUGAGCUUGCUGUUGUCAUGAUUGAUCAAUGCGUGAGUGGUAUUACGGAUGAUCCACUUUGGCCGCAGGAAUUGGUGGGAAUGGGUAAGAAGUUGAUCACUGAGGAAGAUUAUUCGCGAUAA